AUGAUUAGAUGUAUUCGUGGUCGGCCUUGCGUAUCUUCAUGUUAUCAGCGUCGAAUGUCCCCUGUUUCUUCGAUGCAGAGAUUAAAGAAAAGUUUACAUCAAAGUAUUGUUCAAGCUCCAUUGAAACCUAUACGCUCCUUUCAAAUGUUCUCUAGCUCUCAGCAUUGCUUUAACAGAGUGCCAUUGGAUACGGCUAAUAUAAGCAAAGAGAUUAAACCACUAUGGCUUUCAAGCCUACUGAAAAAGCAAAGUGGAAUGCCUAUAACUCAAGCUUACCAACAAAUUUAUUCUCAAGAACCAACUAUUUUUGAUAAUGCACAAAACAAUUCUAGUAUUCAACAAUUUUUAUCUUACAUUUUAAUAAACAAUAACAAUGGCACGGAUCCUGUAAAUAUGUUCAAUAAUUUCACAAUACCGAAAUUAACCUCGUCCGUUGAAUCAGCAUUCAUUAUUAUUCUACACACCAUUAUUAAAUCUGCAUAUAUCGAGUAUUCAAACGAUUAUCUAGACUUAUACUUGAAUAAGCUUUCUCAAGAGCUUAACUUAAAACCAACUGAACUAUUCAUCAGUGAGGAAGUUGAAAAGAAGUGUUUAUUUAAAGAAGCGUUAGAACGUUCUGAUUUUCAAAUUGCAUUGCAAAUACUUCAAACCAGACUUCAUGAAACUUAUGGAUGGACUAAGAAUAGGGAGGCCAGACAUGAUAAUAUAAUAACAUGGAUUAACACACUUUUUGAACCAUCAACCACCCAGUGUUUAAUUUCCUUAACUAAAAGUAAAUCGAUACCUGAUAUUAUCGCCUAUGAUCUAUUACAAAGAAGAAUAUCAAAUGAACUAGAAUACAAGUAUUAUUUUGAGCUAUACAGAAAUCACUCUUCUGAACUAAAUUUGCUUGAUCAAGAGAAACUCUAUCAUCUGAAACAGUAUGACACCAAGUAUAAUAGAUUUUUGAACAUUCCCACACUCUUUAAUAAUCUAUUUCAAUUUGCGCUGAGGAGAAAUAUAGAAGACUUGCCGUUGUUAAUUGAUCUAUUUUUGAAUGAGAACAAUAUAUCAAGCGAACAUAGCUUACAACAAAUCAGUGAAUUGAUAUGGCACCUUUCUUAUGAUCAUACAGGUGAAUAUAUGAGUAAACCAUCAAGGUAUUAUCAUAUCUCACACUCUAAGCUAGUGAGGGCUGUGAACAAAAUGACGGAGAGUAAUAAGUCAUUAGAGUUAGAUGUUACUACAAUGCUUGGCGUCUCGAAUUUAACCUAUUACAGAAACCAUGGUAAUUCUAUCCGGAUGUUCAAGAAUGCAAAAAAACAGUUUAGCCAUUGGCAAUUAAGUGCCUUUAAAUCAAGUGAAUUCAAAAGUGUAACACCUAGAUCAUCUAAUAAUAAAAUUGAGAAUGGUGAACUUUUACAUAACAUAAAGAUUGAUAACAAUAUCAAGUUUCUGUGUAAUUCCAUUAUGCUUCUAGCUGUAUCCAAUGAAAACAAGGAUGUAAUCGGGAAAGAUUUGAGCAACAUAUUUAAGAAGAUAGAGCCCGAAAUUUUGAUGAAAUAUCCCGACGUAUGGGAAUUUGUAAUAAUCAAGAUGAAAUAUCAUGGUUUAAUCAAUGAAAAAAUGAUUGGCAUGAUCUUUCAAGAGUACUUAAAAUUUAACAGUUCCUAUAAUAUCAAUAACUAUUUUGUCUUGGAUGCAAUUAUCAAUAAUACAGGUAAGUCUGAAAAUUUGUUUUCCUUGAUUGAAAAUUUAGGCCUUGAUAAAAUGGAUGAUAAUAAUAUUGCACACAUAAUUUCCAAGUUUUAUAAGUUUGCGAAAAAUAACUCACACAAAAGUGAAUCAGAGGCAUGUUUAGAGAAAGCAAGAGAACUUUACCAGAUGCAGCAAUUUAAGUCUACCAGGGUCAACGCUUCGUAUCUACUCGGCGAGUCGAUAUUUUCUCCCGAAUCAACUUUUGAGAGAUACAACUCUAUAAGCGCAUAUUUCAAAACGACACAAAUAUCAAUAUCUUCAUUAUUUGUUAGUGUUUAUAAGUUACAUGAAUUAGGAAUCUACAACUCAACGUUAUGGAAUGAACAGAAACCAUUAAGCUUUGCCAUGUCUGAAUUUGACCAAAAAAUUUCCAAGUCAUACGGUGAUACAGCUGAUGGUUUAUUAUAUCCAAAUGAUAACCUUUUGACUAUUUACAUUCAGGUGAUGAAAGUUUUUGGUAAAAAUAAAGAGCUGCAUGCUCUAUUGGAUAGGUUGGUUAACUUGAAGUAUCCUCUAGGUAUCCAGUUGUUCAGUGUGUAUUUAGAAUCUCUCAAUGAGUUUGAUAGGAAUGAACUCAUCAGAUGUUUGAACGCUUAUGAUGUGAGGUUUCAAAAACUCAGUGAAUGCAGAAGCGAGUAUGACUUGAGGAGAGUGAAGGCAAGGUUACCCAAAGUUGCAGCAAGUGGAUCCUUUGAAGGCUUUGUUAGAAAUUUAGACAUGAAUUGGGAUAUUGUGCGUAGAUGGAAUUGGCCUGGACGCAAGACCUGA